UCAUCGUUUUAUUAGUAUCACUUUACUCUUAAACGAAAAGAGAUGUGGGCUUUAAUCAUAUUUAUAUUAUUUUUAAUUAUCUUUAAAGAAUUUAUUCAAAAACCACCUUCGUAUCCUCCAGGCCCACCAUUAUUACCAAUAUUAGGCAACGUCCUAUCAGUUUGGUCGAAUUUAAAAAGGUUGAAAUAUCAUCAUAUCGUCUGGCAAUAUUGGUCAAAUAAGUAUGGACCUAUUCUGGGGCUUCGUCUUGGAUUAGUCAAUGUGGUCAUUGUUUCCGGUAAGGACUUCAUCAAAGAAGUAUCAACAAGAGAUGUUUUCGACGGGAGGCCGAAUGGAUUUUUUUACUUAAUGAGAUCCUUUGGAAAGAAGCUUGGUUUAGUAUUUUCUGAUGGACCAACAUGGAAUAAAACACGACGUAUGGUUCUGCAAAGUCUUAAAAGGUUUGGUUAUGGUUCACGAGCUAUGGAGAGUAAUAUAAGUGAAGAAUGUAGAGCCCUUGUUGAAUUGAGAUUGGCUGAAACAGGAAAAUCUAUAUCAGUGAAUCAUAUGUUUGACGUUUCUAUCGUUAAUAUUCUUUGGAAGUUAGUUGCUGGAAAAAGGUAUGAUUUGAAAGAUGAACAAUUAAUCAUUUUAUGUGACCUCAUUACAAGAUCAUUCAAGGUAGUCGAUAUGAGUGGAGGUAUUUUAAAUUUUUUACCAUUUCUAAGGCAUGUCAUGCCUAAUGUAAUUGGGUAUACGGAAUUAAAAAACAUUCACAAUGCAAUAUAUAGCUUUUUAAACAUCACAAUACAAGAACAUCGAGCUACAAUAGAUAUGAAGAAUCCAAGAGAUGUUAUCGACAUGCUCUUAAUAGAAACGACAGCAGACAAAAAAGAUCCUUUGACUGAUGAAGAGCUCCAAGUAAUAUGCCUUGACCUACUUGAAGCCGGAGUUGAAACUGUCAGCAAUACGGCAGUGUUCAUGCUGUUGCAUGUAGUGAGAAAUGAGAAAGUUCAGAAAAGACUGCAACAGGAAAUUGAUAUGGAAAUUGGAUCUUGUCGACAACCUACUCUUAGUGAUAGAGCCAGAAUGGUGUAUACUGAAGCUGUGUUACUUGAAACGUUACGUAUAUCCAGCGUAGCUGCUGUUGGUAUACCUCACAUGGCGCUAGACGAUGCAAAACUUGGAAAUUACAUCAUACCAAAGGGAACUUUUGUAUUACUCGCUAUCCACGACUUACAUAAUGGCCGACAUUGGAAAGACCCCGAAAUAUUUCGACCCGAGCGUUUUAUAACUAAAGAAGGAAAUUUAAUACAAGAUGAGUGGUUAAUGCCCUUUGGAAGCGGUAGGAGACGAUGUAUUGGCGAAGGAUUGGCAAGAUCAGAACUGUUUAUGUUUUUAACACAUCUGUUGCAAAGCUUUGACCUAAAACUACCAGAAGGUGCCCCUCUACCAAGUACAGAACCCGUGGACGGAGUUACUCUAUCCGCGAAAGAUUUCAAAAUUAUAUUUGAACCGAGGUUAAAAAAAUAUAACUCUAAGAAGUUUUACAUCAAUAUAUCAUAAAGUACAAGCAAAAUUCGUUAGCGUUCGUAUCUUUAUACACGUAUUCAUAGCGAUUCUUUGAACGGUAAAGAAGUAAUGUUCUUCAACGCUAUCCAGCGGUGAAUUACACCAAAGUCGAUAGUAUGAGAAACGUCGUCGAAGUCGAUCAGCUGACACCGAUACCAACCAGUCUCAUAAUUAUAUAUAAUUACAUCUUAUGAUGUUUAUUUUAAAACGUUUUUAUAAUAAAUAUACUUUACAAGUUUACAGACCUCAUAGUAUCUAUAUAGAUAUAAAUAAUUUGUUA